AUAUUUGUCGGCGCAGAAUUUUGCUGCUUGUCUUCGUGUCGUGCUAAGAAAUCUGUUUUUUCAAUAAAAUCAGAGUUUUUAUAUAAAUAUUUCUUGUAAAUGCACAAAAAGUGCAAAAUAAAUGAAUUAAAUACGCACAAUUUGUAGGAAACCUGGCCAAUUUUGAUUUUGCGGAAAAAGAACGAUUAUUAACCAUCUUCAAAUACCGACAAUUUUCUUGCCUAAAAGCUCUUCCUUUUCGUUCCCCCGCCCUUCAGUAUCAAUUUGUGCGUAGUAAUAGCAGUUGAUAACAAAAUAAUAUCAAAGUUAUCAGCAAAACAGAAGUUUUAAGGGAAGAGGAAGUCAUUGAAAUAUACACCAAAGGCAAGAAAUGUCCGACAUGAAUAUUGAUAGCAUUAUAUCAAGAUUAUUGGAAGUACGUGGCGCCAGGCCAGGAAAAAAUGUUCAACUAUCUGAGAGUGAAAUACGAGGAUUAUGUUUAAAGUCUAGAGAAAUUUUUCUUUCACAGCCUAUUUUGUUGGAACUGGAAGCUCCAUUAAAAAUAUGUGGUGAUAUUCACGGACAAUAUUAUGAUCUUUUGCGUCUGUUUGAAUAUGGCGGAUUUCCACCAGAAUCAAAUUAUCUGUUUUUAGGGGACUAUGUAGAUCGUGGUAAACAGUCUUUGGAAACAAUAUGUUUACUGUUGGCGUACAAAAUCAAAUAUUCUGAAAAUUUCUUUUUACUACGUGGAAAUCAUGAAUGUGCCAGCAUUAAUCGAAUUUAUGGUUUUUAUGACGAGUGUAAAAGACGUUACACUAUUAAAUUAUGGAAAACGUUUACAGAUUGUUUCAAUUGUUUACCUGUGGCAGCUAUAGUGGAUGAAAAAAUAUUUUGCUGUCAUGGUGGUCUUAGUCCGGAUCUUACAUCAAUGGAGCAAAUAAGACGUAUAAUGAGACCUACUGAUGUACCCGAUCAAGGCCUUUUAUGUGAUCUUUUAUGGUCAGAUCCUGAUAAAGAUACAAUGGGUUGGGGAGAAAAUGAUCGUGGAGUCAGUUUUACAUUUGGUGCAGAGGUUGUGGGAAAAUUUUUACAAAAACACGAAUUUGAUUUAAUUUGUCGUGCUCAUCAAGUUGUCGAAGACGGUUAUGAAUUUUUUGCCAAACGGCAACUUGUCACACUUUUCUCAGCACCAAAUUAUUGUGGAGAAUUUGAUAAUGCGGGUGCCAUGAUGUCCGUGGAUGACACUUUAAUGUGCUCUUUCCAAAUAUUGAAACCUGCUGAUAAAAGGCGAUUUGUUUAUCCUAAUUUCGGAAGUUCAGGGCGACCAUUAACUCCUCCAAGAGGAGCCAAUAAUAAAAACAAAAAGAAAUAAGUUCAAAGUUCAAAUAGUAUGUUCAAAAAAUUUUACAAACCCAAAUGUGUGGUUAACUAAUAAAAAAAUAAUAAAUAAUGAAAACACCAUUUAAAAAAGUAAAAUCUACAAAAUGUUAACACAAACACACUCCCAUACACAUACACUGAUACGUUUUGUACAAUAAUAUUAUUACACAUAAAUAUUAAUUUUUUUAAUCUAAUUAAAAAUGUCAACAUUUUUAGAAUUUUGUUUAACAAAUUGAAUUGUUUCCACUUUUAAUGUGUUUAUUUUUAUGCUUCCUUUUGGUUUUUUACAUAGAAUGUAUUUUUGUUAAAAAAAAAUAAUUUUAAGAUAACUUAUUGUUUUUAGUUUUGUAUUUUAUUUUUCAUUUUAAGCUACAAUUCUUUUUAAGUUGUUAGUUGUAUUUAUAUUUCAUUUUUCUUAACUUAAUGAACAUCCUUACAACUUAAAAUGAUAACUUUUACACCAAAUAGAAAUCAACACCAGAUUUUUUUAA